AUGGCGGCAUCACCUCGGCCGCACACCUAUCUGUUGUUGCCAUCUCUGCUCCUCCUCCUGCUCCUCGUCGUCUCUUCCCGCGCUGCGAGAGUGGGAGCAACCGCAAGAAACCAGGCAGCCCAGGACGACCGCGGAGAGGUGGACGCCAGCGGCGAGGCGGCGGCGAGCUUCCUCAGCGCGGAGGCGGGGGAUGAAGGUUGCGGCGGUGGCGCCAAAGGGGGAGAUGGAGACGAUGAUGAGUGCUUGAUGAGGAGGACGCUGGUGGCGCACACCGACUACAUCUACACCCAGGGAGGAAACCACAACUAG